ACGGGCUCGCAUGCUGUGGGCAUCUUACUGUGGGUUCUCAUCGCAGUAAGAAUACGCCUCUCAGCACGAUCGCAAUUCAUUUUCCAGUAUUCCUGUCUGAUGAAGCAUACGGGACGCCAUAGAGAACGUCUGACAUUUCUUGGGAUAUAUCGGUAUCUUUUUCCUUGAACGGAUCCAUCAUUACUUUAGAUGGAUUCCUGCAAAACUUUCUGUACAUAAUUUUAGUAGAUCAUUUUGCGAUCUGAAAGUUUGUCGCGCUCCGUCUCCAUUUAAACCAAUGGGAUAGCGUCCAUCGCCAUGCAUUGGAAUAUGUUUCAUCAUACAGUAAACCUGAGAAUGGAUCCACCUUUGUAGCUGCGUGAGCUUUAGAUGUAAGACGUGCAGGAGAUCAUUUUUAUUAAGUGAAAGUUACACUUCAGAAUCUGCUCAUCUUAACAAAGUUUGGGAUCGACGAUGGCGUCCAGCCUGACUUCCAUCGGCAUCGUAUGGUCACUGCUGUCCUUAGCGAGCGCCGUUGCCUCCUGCGUGGGCUUUUUCAUGCCCUACUGGCUGCUGGGCUCGCAGAUGGGCAAGCCGGUCUCUUUCGGGACGUUCAGGCGCUGCUCGUACCCUGUACGGGACGAAGAGCGGCAGGCGACGGUCAUGCUGGAGCAGUGCGGGCGCUACGCUUCCUUCCAGGGCAUCCCGAGCCUGGAGUGGCGUAUCUGUACCGUGUUAACGGGGGUGGGCUGUGGCCUCCUGCUCCUCGUCGCCCUCACCGCCCUGAUGGGCUGCUGCAUCUCCGACCUCAUCUCCUGCAGCAUCGGUCGCGUGGCCGGGGGCAUCCAGUUUGUGGGGGGCUUGCUGAUCGGAUCUGGAUGCGCCCUCUACCCCCUGGGAUGGGACAGUGAGGAAGUCAAGCAGACCUGCAGCAACAGCUCCAACCAGUUUCAGCUGGGGUCCUGUGAGAUCGGCUGGGCUUUCUACUGCAGUGCAGGGGGCGCUGCACUCGCCGUUCUGGUGUGUAUGUGGCUGGCCUGUUUCGCCGGGAAGAGACAGAAGCACUACCCCUACUGAGCCUGCGGUUGACAGGGUGGGACACUUAGAACCACAUUUCCCAGCAUUCCUCAAGGCUGGUCACCUGACGCAUCACAAGAGACCCAACACCUUGGUCGUAAUACCAUUGCAGGGACUGUUUUUAUAUAUCUCAUAUUAGCGUGUAUAUUUGUACAUUUAUACAACAAAAGCCUGUACCAAUAUAGAAAAACAAAUCUAUAUCUAGUUCACAUUAAAGCAGUUUGGUUUCACGUAAGCGGUCACUUAUUUGUAAUGUAUGUAUUAUGAUUCUGACUAAUGGAGUUCAGUCCUGAUUUUUAAGAACAUAUUUCAUUGCAUAUUUGAUGCAAACAUUUGAAGUAUUCAUGGACUGAUUAUUAUUUAUGUUUUUAUACUUUAAGCUUAUACAAACACACAGGAAACUUACACUAACCAAACUGGUAAAAUUGGGUUUACAAUUGAUUUAAAUGUAAACAAUUUAUCAAUGUUCCUAAAAGUAUGUUAUUAAAUGUAUAUUUAUAAAACCUUGCUACUUAUAACCCCCCUUUUCAUUUCCUCAGGAGGUCAUGUUGCCCUUUUUCCAUUAAAGUCACUGUUUUACAGUCCAUGCCUUGAUUUCAAAAGAAAUGUAAAAAAAAAAAAAAAAAAAAAAUCACCUUAUUUGGCCUUGUUUGUUUUACUUCCACCUUGUCCUACCUUGUCCCCACAGUGAAAAAACAACACUGUUAAUUUGUAUUUUUAUGGCAGUCUUUGCAACCUGUGUUCCCCAGGGAACUGUGACAUAAAUAUAAUUCAUAAAUGUUACAAUUAAAAUAAAAAAAACUAUUCACAUUUCCAAGAAUAUUACGCUCGAGUGAUUAUGGUUAUAUAUCAAUAAUCAUUAUACAGUUCCCAUCAGGGGUAAUUACUCUGGCUCUGUUAUUCAGAACUCCAUUCCCUGUUCUUCAUUCAUACGCAGAUGGACAUAUAUAUAGGCAUGACCUUCAGCGUUGUACUUCCUUUGAAUCCUGCUACGAAAGAUUUCUCAGCAUACUUCAUGGCUGGCUGAUAAGCCUUAGAUGUGCACUGAAGUUUUCUCCAGUGAAUACACGUGUUGCUCGGAAGAAUUCUGUUAAAGAUUCGAUGCAAUGGGGAUUACUGGCCUCAAAUUUGACAAUUCGUUCUUAAACCUGUUUCCAUCUAAUGCACAUCAUCUUUAAGUUCUGAAAUAACGAUAGUCAAUUAUGACUUUGCCAGCUUCUUCCCCGCUGUUUUGCCGAAGAUCCCAUUCGCUUAUAUCUCUGAAUAUUGAAUGUUUAAUGUGCUCGUUUUGUGAUGGUUAUCGUACAUGUAUAUUGUGUAAUAUUACUAUGAUUUUUUUACAUAAUGAAUGCUUUUAUUUGAUCAUAUGUGUAAAUAAAUUGCUUUUGUGAAUGCGGUGUGUUCAUUCAAGUGUAAAAAGCACUACGAAAGUGUGACGAAGAACUUUGUUUAGCUUAUUUCUCGGU